GGGUCGUUCAGACAUGCACAGAAGAAGCCCUGAAAGAAGAUAGAAAUACACCAGAUUGUUCCGAAGACUUUCAGAUCAGAAGUUGACGCGUAAUUUAUGGAGGCGACCGAGACGGCAGCACGUAGACUCACCCACCAACACCCUAUAGCAUACAGAUAUGGCCGACUCACUAUCCGUCGGUGCUCUCAGAGCGAUUUAUGAUGAUACUCCCGAAUCAGCAAAUCACCAGACCCCUCUCCUCCAGGUCCUCCAGGUCAAGGAGCUCAACUCCUCCGGCCCCACUGCACCAAAACGCUUCCGUCUCGUCCUCUCCGACUCGGUCAACUUUGUCCAAUCCAUGGCUGCUACUCAACUGAAUGACCAAGUUGCUGCUAUCCAGCGAGGAAUGUUCGUCAGGCUGAACCAGUUCACCUGCAACACCAUGAAGGACCGCAAGAUCUUCAUUGUCUUGGGAUUGGAGAUUGUGGUGGAGCUCGGCAUUCAGGAGAAGAUCGGAAAUCCGCAACCUCUCAAUGAGACGGCUGCACAGCCUGCUGCUCCUCAACAACCCCCGACCUCCAAUGCUACGACCUUUUACGGCAAUAAGCCAGCACAGCCGCAAGCUGCUCCCCGCCGUCCUCCGGCCUACAACAACAUUCCUCAAGGCCAACCCCCGAACGGACCUAUCUACCCUAUCGAGGGUCUUUCUCCUUACCAGAACAAGUGGACGAUUCGAGCUCGUGUUGCGCACAAGUCCGAGAUCAAGCACUACCACAACCAGCGUGGUGAAGGCAAGCUCUUCUCCUGUACUUUCCUCGACGAAACGGGUGAGAUCCGUGCUACGGGCUUCAACGACGCAGUGGAUCAACUCUAUGAGUUGUUGCAGGAGGGAAGUGUGUAUAUGGUAAGCAAGUGCAGGGUGAAUAUUGCCAAGAAGCAAUUCUCCAAUGUGAACAACGAGUAUGAGCUUACCUUCGAGCGUGACACCGAGGUUGUCAAAUGCGAUGAUGCAGAUGCUAUUGUACCACAACUUCGUUUCUCUUUCGUCGAGUUGGGAAGAUUACAGGAGGUUGAGAAGGACUCCGUCUGCGACGUUAUUGGCAUCGUCAAGGACAUCGGAGACGUGUCGGAGAUGACCUCCAAGACUACCAACAAGCCUUUCUCCAAGCGUGAAAUCACCCUGGUCGAUGCCUCAAAUUACUCCGUCCGCGUCACGCUCUGGGGUAACACCGCUGCAACCUUCAACGCUCCUCUCGAGUCCGUUCUCGCUUUCAAGGGGGUCAAGGUCUCUGACUUUGGUGGAAGAAGUUUGAGUAUGAACGGUCCCGCCACAAUGAACCUUAACCCCGACAUCCCCGAAGCCCACCAACUCAAGGGCUGGUACGACUCUCAAGGCCGCACCAUCUCCUUCUCCUCCCACGCCAAUUCAUCCUCCCUCGGUGCCGCCACCGGCCGCUCCAAGGACCCUCUCAAGACUCUCGCACAAAUUAAGGAUGAGAACAUCGGUAUGGGCGAGGUUCCCGAGUACUUCUCCGCCAAAGCCACUAUUGUCUUCAUCAAGCAAGAAAACGUCUCUUACCCUGCUUGUCAGUCUCCAGACUGUAACAAGAAGGUCCUCGAGGAUACCGAAGGCCAAUGGCGAUGCGAGAAGUGCGACAAGUCCUGGCCUGCACCACAGUGGAGAUACAUUAUGACCCUGUCCGUCAACGACCACACCGGCCAAGCCUGGUUCUCAACCUUCGACGACGUUGGCCAUCAGAUCCUUGGUGUCACUGCUACGGACCUGCACAACAUGAAAGAGGAGGACGAGAUCCGCGCUGGCGAGGUUUUCUCGGAGGCGAACUGUAGGACGUGGAUCUUUAGGUGUAGGGCGAAGCAGGAUAACUUUGGUGGACAGGUGAGGAUGAGGUACAGUGUUAUGAAUGCUACGCCGGUUGAUUAUCGUGCUGGUGCGAAGGAGUUGAUGGAUGUUAUCAAGUCUUACGGUGCCUAGAUAGUGGGGGUGUAACGUUAUUAGUAUUUGGUUGAGAAAACCGUAUUACAAUUCCGUGUCACCAGUCAAAC